UAGCAACGAUUAAUUGGUUAAUGGUUAUGAUUACUAUAAUUAUUUUGUCCAACUCUGCUAGAAACCACUCUGGCGAUGAAUGCCUCGUGUAAACGGACGUUAAUAUCACUAAUGUGAAGUAUCCGUAUAUCUGUCAACAAUAUAUGACAUAGGACAGUCGUCUUGUACACAUUGGUGGCAGCGACUUCAGGUUUUUAUCGAGGUGAGAAUGCCUCAAAUGAUGAUCGAGGCAUUUGCGAAAAGUUUGAUUGAGAAAAUCAUGCAGGAAGUUUUCGAUGGUAUGGGCGACAGAGAUGAAAAAUCACGAAUGGAGAGCCAAGAAGAUUUGACGAAUAUUCAGACACAGACGACGAUACGUAUGAACGAUUGCUCGCACAACGAACAGGAAACCUUGGAGCAUAUUGAAAUCAUGAUGCGGGGAUUGAAAAACUUGCACAUUGGAGAUUCGACAUCUGUGCCAUCAUUUCUAACAAAUUUAGAGAAGCAGGUGAAGCAUGUUGUGCACAACAUCGACUACAGUACUUCGACAGCAGAGGAGACCAAGGCUGCGGAAACGCCGCGUGACACCCAGGGCCAAGGUGAUAUGUACCAAAUAAUACAUAAUGCAGUCGUCGAAACGCCGACAGAUCCGACCUGUGUUCAAAGGGACGAAGAAAAUUGCGAAUCGAACGAGAUAACUAGAACAUCCGACAGCGUGUUGCAUCGAAUGAUAGAGGAGCUGGAGACUCGGAUAGAGGAUACCGACGUCGUGAAAGAAACCGAAUGCGAUUCCAUCGGCGCAGAAGAUGUUGCGGCUGCGAGCGAGACGGAGAAGCAAUUCGUGGCCAUCGAAGAAAUAACAGCUUCACCUCUUCCCGAUCAGACCGAUUCUGUAAUGGAUCUCGCGUACGGAGUCGGCGAGAAGAGCGCCGCGAUGAAACCGGAAAAGCUGAGGAAGAAAGGCGUGUUCAGCAGAAUCCGAAAAAUGUUGCGGUCCAUUUUUGGUGGUCGGAAGAACUGAUGCACCGCCGUGAUUCGCGACGGAAUCACCGGAGACGAGAAACGCCACAGUUUAAUGCCCACUCGUAGACCUACUUUUUGAGAAUGAUAUGCCUUGUUUGUCCACGAGAAGCUGAUAAAAAUAACUCUGCCGAGCUUAGUCAUCGACUGGCUACGGGCAACGCGUCGCUUGCGUAUGCCAAGCUCGCACCGCGUUAUAUGAGACAUGAAAUACAUUCCACGCGUUCCUAGGAACCCUAACUUCCUAGAUCAACUUGGUCAUUAUACACCAAGAAACACUUGUAACCCCUAAAAAUUCUUUAUAAUAUAAUAAGCUUUUUCAUAUCGA